AUGGUGGUAAGUGGCGUUUCAACCGGAGGUCGAAGUCAAUAUGAUAGUAAUGAAAGUCCAACUGAUCACGCACUACACGUUAAUUAUUCAUCAGCUGUCUAUGAAAAACAUAAUGGACAGUUAUUACCAUCAAUUAAUUCCAGUGUAUCAUCUGACUAUGUCAUGUCAAAAAAGAACAACAGAAAUAUACCAAAACUUCUUCAGUACAUCAAUGAUAAUAUCAUCGGAAAAGACUUUACGAUUAGUGGACCAUGGGGAAUCAGAAAAAUGGUGUAUUGCGACUACAUUGCAUCUGGUAAAGCAUUGCAUUUUAUUGAACAUUAUAUUAAAACGAAUGUAUUACCAUUAUACGGUAAUACUCAUAGUGAAAAUAGUAUAUGCGCAUUGCAAACGUCGAAAUUUCGUGAAGAAGCGCGAACUUUGAUUAAGUCGUCAGUCAAUGCGACUGACGAUGAUGUCGUGAUAUUUGCUGGCUCAGGGACGACCGGUGCAAUACAUAAACUUGUUACAGCAUUAAAUCUCACUGAUAAAGACAAUAAAAGCAAUACAGUCGUAAUAAUCAGUGCAUUCGAGCACCACAGCAAUAUUCUUCCAUGGAAAGAAACAGGAGUCGAAAUUGUGCGUAUUCCGUUAACAAAUCAAGGAAUAAUAGAUAAAAAUAUUUUAAAAGAAAAACUUCAACAUUAUACAAAUUUAAAAAAGAAAAUCAUUUGUUCAUUAAAUGCCGCUAGUAAUAUAACGGGUAUUAGAACAGAUGUAGAGUCCAUUAGCACAUUGAUUCACAUGUUCAAUGGUUUAGUAUUUUGGGAUUAUGCCACAGCUGCACCCUACGUUAAGAUCGAUAUGAAUUCAUCAGCAUUAGGUUACAAGGAUGCCAUAUUUAUAUCUGUUCAUAAAUUUAUUGGUGGACCUGGUUCACCUGGUGUACUAAUAGCUAAAAAACAUUUGUUUCAAAAUAGAAUUCCGGGUAUAUGUGGUGGAGGUACAGUUAACUAUGUGACACGGACAUGCCAUGAAUACAAUAAAGAUAUUGAAGUGAGAGAGGAAGGUGGUACACCAGAAAUUGUUGGUUCAAUACGGGCUGGAUUAGUAUUUCAGCUAAAAGAUGCAUUGGGUGAUAGUUUUAUUGAAGCUGAAGAAAAUUCUCUAGUGAAAAAAUUCUUUAAGCGAUUUCGAAAGAAUGAUAAUUUAAUUAUUCUUGGUUCACAUGAUGUGCCUCGAUUGGCUGUAUUUUCAUUUUUAAUUUAUGUGCCGAGUGUAUGUAAAUAUCUUCAUCAUAAUUUUGUUUGCCGAUUAUUAAACGAUUUAUUUGGUAUACAAGUACGAGCUGGAUGCGCUUGCGCUGGACCGUACGCAUUGGAUCUACUAGGUAUUGACGAUGUGAAAGCAAAAAAAUUUGUGAUGUUUAUGACCGAGGAACCUAGACCCGGUUUUUGUCGACUGAAUUUACCUUAUUUUUCUACAGAAGAGGAAAUAAAUUUCAUUUUGAAUGCAUUAGAAUUUGUUGCCAACAAUGGUUGGAAAUUAUUACCAUUAUAUACAUAUGAGCCCGUUGAUGGCAUAUGGAAACAUCGUGGUCAAGUUCAGUCUGUUUAUUCAAGUUUGGAUCAAAUAACAUAUAAAGGAGGAAAAAUGCAACAAUACAGACGUAAAGAACAACAAAAUGAUAAAUUAGCUCAUGAUCCAAUUAAAGAAGCCAGAUUAAUUAUGGAUUAUGCACUGAUGCAAAUUGAAUCAGUCGAUUAUAGGACAGAUCCACCAUUGAAUCUCAUAGACAAAUAUAAAGAUUUAAUAUGGUUUGUACUACCCAUGGACAUUGCCAUGAUAUUGGCAAACACAAGAGAAGGACAAGAACAGUCAUAUAAUAACAACGAGCUGCUAUUUAUUUCAGAAGAAGCAAAGCAACCAAUUAAUCAAAAACAUUCUAGUCGCCGGGAAACAACGAAUGAACGCCGACGUAACGAUUCGACUAAUCGUAAUAAAAAACACACUCGUACACCGUCUCAAUAUAGUUCUAGUUCACAUCGUUCAUAUGUUUAA